UCGAGGGAGCGCGAGGGGCGUCCUGACGUCACCCAAUCCUGUGCGGUGUUUUGUCUGGCGGGGGGGAAAAAAAGGCGGGAGGUUGCCAGCUCCCCUCCCCCCGCAGCCUAAGUCCGAGGAAGACAGAGACCGAGCUUUCCUUGCCGCCAAAUGGAGGCGCAGAAGGAGAACGUGCCGCGACGAGACCACAGCGGGGAGGAGAACGCGGAAGCCCGCGAGGCCUCGACUUUCUGUCAGACUAAGCAGUGCUGCAAGUUUGAUUUUCAAGAAGAAAAUAAAAAAACUAAUUCAAGUGAUUUCAGCGAUCCGAUUUACAAAGAGAUUUCUCUGACAAAUGGUUAUAUCAAUAGAAUGAGUAGAGAAGAGCUGAGAGAUAAGCUUGCUGAAUUCAGACUUGACACCAGAGGAGUAAAAGACGUAUUAAAAAAGAGGCUGAAAAACUACUAUAAGAAAGAAAAAUUGAUGCACAAGCAGCCUCCAAAUGCAGAAGAUUACUACAAUUAUAUCUGUGUUAUUGACUUUGAAGCAACUUGUGAAGAAAAAAAUCAGCCUGAAUUUACCCAUGAAAUAAUCGAAUUUCCUAUUGUUUUACUAAAUACACAGACAUUACAAAUAGAAGACACUUUCCAGCAAUAUGUGAAGCCAGAGAUUAAUCCUCAACUUUCAGAUUUCUGCAUUAAUUUGACGGGAAUCUCUCAGGAACUGGUAGAGAAAGCUGAUGAAUUCCCAAAAGUGCUGCAUCGUGCUGUAGACUGGAUGAAACAAAAAGAACUAGGAAGCAAAUACAGCUAUUGCAUAUUAACAGAUGGGUCCUGGGAUAUGAGUAAAUUUUUAAAUAUCCAGUGUCGUAUUAGUCGUCUGAAGUAUCCUUCUUUUGCUAAGAAGUGGAUUAAUAUCCGCAAAUCCUAUGGAAACUUCUACAAGGUUCCUAGAUGCCAAACAAAGCUGUCAACCAUGUUGGAAAAACUUGGGAUGGACUAUGAUGGACGGCCUCACAGUGGGCUGGAUGAUUCUAAGAACAUUGCACGAAUAGCUAUUCGAAUGCUUCAGGAUGGAUGUGAACUCCGUGUAAAUGAGAGGUUGCACGGCGGGCAUCUGCUAGCAGUCCCUUCCUCAACUCCAAUAGAGGGCGCUCCAAUCCCACAGAUGCCCAGAUUUCGAUAAAUGUUAGGAAGUGAGUUACCCUGUCUUCAGGGCCAUAUUCUUGGUAUUCAAAAGCCAUUUCAGAGAGUUGAGUUUUUAAAGGGGGCUCUAUCCCCAGUGUAACCCCUUGCAGAAAUAUACAGAUCACGGAGUACCCACUGAAAGUCUCUCUUAAUUUAACACUCUAAAUUAGUCAUGCUAAGUUUCAUUUUAGUUUUCCAAGAAAUGUAUAUGCUUAUUAAAAUGGUUUUCUCUGAAGUAAAGUCAAACCAAAGUAUAACAUUUGAUCUGCAGAUAUAACAGUAAUAAGAUGUUUAACGUAGUUGAAUACCAUGGGGAAUGUAUCUUUGCUGAUCUUUUCUUUUACUAUUUAAUGUACCAGGAAGAUCUAUUUGAUUUCAUGCCACAGUGACCAAAUUGUUUCCUGGUAUGUGUUAUUUUGUCUGGGUUUGGUAAAUUCUUCACAAAGGGGAUUUGUUUUUUUAAGUUUGAUCUUCCUUACCCAGUUGAUAGAAAAUUCCAGUAGUAAUACAUUUUUUGAUGUAUGUAUUGAUGUUCUAAGAUUGUUGAGAGGCCUGUUGAGCCAAUAUUAGUUACCUUUUAGCCUCAUUAAAUUCUGAUAGCAAUUUAAGCAUUUCACUACAUUUCUAUUGAAAUAAUGGAGAUGUGUUUAACAAGAAUUAUUGUACUUUUUUCCUUCCAUUACAUAUACAAAAGCAUGGUGUAACUUGCUUUAAUAUCCUUCCCCAGCAUUGUUAAAAAAACAGAGAAGCAAAUUAUUUCUGUAAUAAUUUAAGCUUUGGCGUGGAUUUCAUGCCAAUAUUUCAUACAAUCAGUCACUUUCCUGUAUGCCAACCUUUGUUUUGAUAUUUCAACUUAUUUUUUAAAAGGUUUGCUUUAAUAAAUGCAAUUUAUGUUUUUAAUGUUCUGAACAUUACACAGCACGGCACAUUUUAAUAUUUAUUGCACAAGUGUUACAGAUUUCUUACUUCAAACUGGUUUGUUACAUUUUGCCACUUUCAUGGGAAUUCUGUGCAAAUUGUUGCCUAGAAUGUUGUGAGGGGCUGGAUGACUGAUUCAAGUCGACUAGUGACUUUUGGUCUAAACAAGGAUUCAAGCCCAUCUUUUAUCUAUUAUACCUCACAGUGGCUGUGUACAGUUUAUAUAGUUUGGCACUGUAUGCAUCAUGGUUUUUCUCCCGAAAGCCCAUUUUGUAAAUAUUCUGCUUUCUUGUAAUCUGCCCAGAGCAAAAAUGAUUUGAAUUUACACUUUCUGCUGCAGCCUGCAAUCUUAAUAUUCUUUUCUACUUUAACACUUUAAAUCAUGUGUUCCUACAUGUGUAAAAUCAUUUCUGCAUGUUUUGUUCAUGGAAUUGGGAUGGUUUUGAAAGACUAUGACUAGUUCAUAC